AUGGAUAAAGGUGGAGUAAAGAUAACAUACAGAAGAGAUGACCAUUUAAGCAAGUUAGUCUACACUGAAAGCCCUGAGGAGGGAGGUCUAUUAAAAGUGGCUCCUCGCAGUGCCAUGUCCUUCACCUCACUCGUUCUUCCAUCCACCCCGUUGAUGCAGCCAGGUCAGGUGCCUAACGGCCUCAGCAACAGCCACCUAACAGAGCUCUCCUCCGCCUCCGUCACUGCCACUGUUGGCCCCUUAUUGGAAGACCCAGAGACCAGAGGCCUGAUCAAAAUCCAAAAGCUUCACCAGCAGCACUUUCUCCAGACACAGACUUCCACUACGUUCGGGCGUCAACACUUUAGGGAAAGUUUGCCCCAGUUGGAGGCCAGUACAGCAGAUAUUAACCAAUCCUGCAUGGAUUCACUUAUUGGAGGAUCAGAUCCCAAUUUCUUCCACACGAAAACAGAAGAUUUUUCAAUGGAUAAAGGUGAUCAGGAUCCCAUUGACCUUGAUCAUGCCUUUGAUCACAUUGGAAAAGAUGUUGAUGUGACCCAGAAAUUUUUCACAGACAACACUCUGGACCUGCUCCAAGACUUUGAGCUCACUGGGUCUCCCUCAGAUUUUUAUGUAGGGGAUGAUGCCUUCCUGUCCACUCUUGCAGCCGAUACUCUGCUUGGAGACGUUGGCUCAGAGAGAGACAUAAAGCCUGCCUUGGUUGAGAGCAUUAACAGCAGUGGGGCAGUCUCAGUUUCUCUCAAUGGCAGCAAUAUGACAAGUCCAGGUCAGUCCAGCCCAAGCAUAUCCACAACGUCCUCCUUAACCCCUACAGCCACUUUGUCUGCAAAGGUAAAGAAAGAAAAAGAUGCUGGCUUCAUUCAGCUCUGCACCCAAGGCGGAAUCAAACAGGAAAAGACGUCUGCAGGCCAGAGUUAUUGCCAAAUCAGUGGCGCGGCCUCCACAACGUCCAUGUCCACAUCUAACACCAUCUCCAUCUGUGGGGUGAGCACUUCAAGUGGACCAAGCUACCACUUUGGAACCACCUCCAGCAGCAAUGGAGCUCAGCAGCAGAAGGAUCAGAAGCCGGUGUCCAGUCUGUUUCUCCCAGUGACGACCAUCGGCGGGGCCUGGAGCCGAAUCCAGAAUAUCGUGGACAACUCCGCCAUGCUCAGGGCCAGUGAGGCAUUCUCCAGCUCCUCCUCUUACCCCAUCAGCUUUUCCAGUUCUACCUCCAGACAGGAAAUUGUCCCUGCACAGUCCUCGACAAAAAGUGGGACUCAUAAGAUCUGCCUGGUGUGCUCUGACGAGGCCUCAGGCUGCCACUACGGUGUCCUCACCUGUGGCAGCUGCAAGGUGUUCUUCAAGAGAGCAGUGGAAGGGCAGCAUAAUUACCUGUGUGCUGGGAGGAACGACUGCAUCAUCGACAAGAUCAGGAGGAAGAACUGCCCCGCCUGCCGCUUCCGCAAGUGUCUGAUGGCUGGCAUGAACCUGGAAGCGCGAAAAACCAAGAAGCUGAACCGCUUAAAGGGCGCCCAGCCGAGCAACGCUCCCGAGCUCAAUCCCUCUCCUCCAAUCGAGACUCGUUCCCUCUUACCCGUGAAGUCCAUGCCUCAACUUGUCCCCACCAUGCUGUCCCUGCUGAAGGCCAUCGAGCCGGACACCAUCUUCGCCGGCUACGACAGCACCCUGCCCGACACCUCCACCCGCCUCAUGACCACCCUCAACAGGCUGGGGGGCCGGCAGGUCAUCUCUGCCGUCAAGUGGGCCAAGGCUCUGCCAGGCUUCAGGAACCUGCACCUGGACGACCAGAUGACUCUUCUUCAGUGCUCCUGGCUCUUCCUCAUGUCCUUCGGCCUGGGCUGGAGAUCCUACCAGCAGUGCAACGGCAACAUGCUGUGCUUCGCCCCAGACCUCGUCAUCAACGAGGACCGGAUGAAGCUGCCUUACAUGGCCGACCAGUGCGAGCAGAUGCUGAAGAUCUCCAGCGAGUUCGUCCGCCUGCAGGUUUCCCACGACGAGUAUUUGUGCAUGAAGGUGCUGCUGCUGCUCAGCACAGUGCCAAAGGACGGCUUGAAGAGCCAGGCGGUGUUCGACGAUAUUCGGAUGUCGUACAUUAAGGAGCUGGGGAAAGCCAUCGUGAAGCGCGAGGAGAACUCCAGCCAGAACUGGCAGCGGUUCUACCAGCUCACCAAGCUGCUGGACUCCAUGCACGAGAUGGUGGGUGGGCUGCUGAGCUUCUGCUUCUACACCUUUGUGAAUAAAUCCCUGAGCGUGGAGUUCCCGGAGAUGCUCGCCGAGAUCAUCAGCAACCAGCUACCAAAAUUCAAGGCCGGGAGCGUCAAACCUCUCCUCUUCCAUCAGAGAUGAUGGAAGAGGAGAUGCCCCGUGACGGACACAAUGCCUUAAACCCCCCCCCCCCCUUCCACAUCACCUCCUCACCGAUCCCAACCCCCCACCCCGAAGAGCGACGAUGUACGGACCGAGGAUCCAAGGCGAGGAGUGAAUGAUGUCUGUGGGAGGGAGUAUGCAACUUUGUGUAGAGAGAGUAGAAACCAGAGGUGUGUUUAGAGAAAAACAAGUAGGAAUGUGAGGAGAUUAUCACAAAGAGAUAAAGGGUUACAUCCAUGUCGUCUCAGGUUUCAUACCGUCAAACAGAACCAUAGCGACGAUAGAUCAAAUAUCUAUGUACAGGUUCUGAUAGUAUUUUCUACAUUUUCAAAUUGUAACAGUUUAUACAAUUUUCCAGAUCGUUGUGACCUGGGAAGGGGCAAAGCUUAAUUUACAACAUGCUCUUACGUAGGCUUUUAGACUGUGAGCUCCUCUUUAAGUUGUUAGAGGAGUCAAUGUUUAUCAGUCAUGGGGAGAAACUCUGAAAAGCAUUGCUUUUAUUGAUACCUUGGACAUAAGAAACAAUCUGUUGGAUUGUUGUUAGACGAUUCCUCCCACAGGCCGACCUCCUCCAGGUUUACACACGUCUUUACAAAAGGGAAAUAAUAUGUGCCUUUUUGCUUCAUAUAUCAUCCUAGCCAUGUCCUCUUCCUGCUCAGCCCAACAUGGUAACCCUUCAUCGUAUGCUGAUUGUACUUUUUAUGUUACAUACCGUUUCCUUUUUUAUUAAACGGCUGUGUUUAUCUUAAGAAGUGGCUGCUUGGCCCAUCCUCCAUGUGUAGAAAUGAUCCUUAUCUUUAAGAAAUAAUAUUCUAAGCCUGCUUCCUUCUGCCGCACACUCAACUCCUUAACUGUGUUUUGAGCACUUUGCACCCAGCUUAAGGCUUUAAAAGACUGUGAAGAAAGACUGUUCUGCUGAAUCAGUCUUUACUAUAUAACUUUAGAUGGAAGUUAUACAACUUUUUCUAUAGGAAAUAGCCGGCUUUCAUAUUUAUGUUAGCCCCCCCUCGUGCCCCAGAAGUCUAAUUAUGGAAUGUGUUAGAUACUUGCGUCUAUCAAUCAGAGAAGAGAGGGCGUGUUUUAUUGUGUUUGCAAGAUUAUGUCAUUUUUUAUUAAUCGGCAAACUAAUUUCUGUGGUUCUAAUGUUGCUUAAACUGGUUGGGAAAUAGCCGUCGUUCAUUUUUAAACGUCUUUUUAUAGUUUAUUUUAAACUGACCAACCUGCAGUCAUAUUUCUGCCACUGAUGAUCCUUCUGCGACAGUAUAUCCACGCUUGCAAUGAGCAUCUGACUUUGGAUAUUUCAUUAUUAAAAGCCUUAGCAUUGUUGCUUUGCUAUUUUGUGAAAGGAAUAGUUUGACAUUAGUUGAAAAGCAUUCAUUUGAUUUAUUGUAGAGGAGAUUAAUGCCGUAAAUAUGUUGCUGGAGUCAGACACCAGUUAGCUUAGCAUAAAGACUGGAAGUGAAUAAACCGCUGGCCUGGCUCGGUCUAAGGAAGAUGGUCGGACACUUAACCAUCCAUCCAUCUUCUCCCGCUUAUCCGUGGUCGGGUCACGGGGGUAGCAGUUCCAGCAGAGAGUCCCAAACUUUAUUUUCCCUGGUGACAUCAACCAGCUCUGACUGGGGGAUCCCAAGGCGCUCCCAGGCCAGCGAAGAGAUAUAAUCCCUCCACCUGGUCCCAGUUGUUAUGCUAAGCUAAAUAGCUCCUGGCUGUAACGUCAUAUUAAACGGUCAGUUGUACCUGCGAUAAAGUUAAAAAGAACAAAUGCUGAACUAUUCCUUUAAACUGGCUUGUGUACCAGGCCGCUUUAUGGAUCAGGCGUUGGCAGAUUCAUCACCCUGUGAACCUCCUUGACCUUUGACCCCUCCUGUUUAAGCCUUCUGCUCUUCUAACGCCCAGUAGGCACCUUGUGUUAAUGUCUGUGCGUCUACAUGUUUACCUGUCUGUCUGUUAGCCAGUGGAGCCCCCAUGUUUGAAAGCACUAAGCCUCAGUCACCUCAUAGAGUCGUGUCCCAGUGAAAGUGUAGCGUCACUGACCGGGAGGCUGGCAGGAUCGAUCCUUUGUAUUCUCUGGGAACUUUUUCAGUGCCAAACUCCUGUUUUGUCUGUCUUUAAGUGAUGCUGGAAGUUGGUCAGUGUUUGCAUCGAAAGCAGGAAACGAGUCCCAGUAUUGAAGCUUAUACUUAAGUUUGAAAUGUAUGAGCUUCUGCGAUUGAGGUCGUCAUUAAUGAGCGAUUACUUUUUGUUUGUUACACAAGGCACUCAGAUGUGUUUUGCAAUCACACAGAAUACCGUAGGUCUGUCAUUAUCUCUUUCUUUGUGUGUUGUGGGAGUUUUAACCCAUUUUAAUCAGAUCAGUUUGUCAUGUUGUGUGUUUUUAAAGCACAGAAAUAAUCCAGGUUUUGACAUGAAUGUUGACCCUAAAGGGGAUUUAUUUGAAUUAUAAACAAAAUGCUCUUGAUGGAUUAAAGAUGAUGCCCUGCCAGUUUAAAAUAAUUGGAUAAAUAGGUAAGUUGAGUGACUACAGAGUGCUCAUUUAAGAAUGGAAAAUGUCAAAUAGUUGUUGCUGUUGCUAGAGUUUUUGCUGUUGCUGGAUUAUCCCAACAACAAACAAGAAAGCAGUCAUUAUAAAUGUUGAACCGCUUCCCAUGCUCAGGUUGUUGAAAUGAUUCACACAGUGCGUGGUUGUUUUAUUUCCUGACUUUACGAACCAAAAAGAGUCUGUCUGCAUCCCAAAAUGUUUCUGCUUCUGUGAUUUAGGGUGUGUUUUUGUUGUUGUCAGGAUUACAAACGUUUUAAGAAGGUGCUGCCACUGUCUCUUUCAUACUUCGCCUCAGAAAAAUAUACUAGUUAUUUUUCUUUCAGAUGUUUAUUCAAAACCAUGUUCAUUAACUGCAUAGUGAUUACUCAUGGGUUACUUUCACAUUCAGUGAAUCCAAAACUCUGCUGCUGCUCAUUUUAACAGGAUUAUAUAUACUGAUGUAUAUCGCACACUUGCCUCAUAGCUCAAAAAUGUAUUCUUAUUUACUUUUUAGUACAUUGUUGAGGAGGACAACUGAAUAUGCAAUAGAAAUGACAGCUCAUCUGUCAUGGUCACAUUACAAAAUAUGGUCACUUCCUCUUUUUUUCCAGUAUAAGCUAUUUGCAUACAGGAGAUUCACAUUUAACAAUAUCUCUGCAGGUCAGACUUUCAGGAAAUAAUACACUUUGUCAAUAAUAAGUCUACACGGACUGAACACAAAGCCUAUUUUUUGUUUGACUACAAGGUGACCAAAGCAAACACAGACAAAUUCAACACGUGUCGGUUUAAACUAUGUAGCUACUAGAAAACAAAUGUACAGUUCGUUGUUUGUUUUUUUUAAACACACAUCUUUUUACUCUUACGUGACAGCUUUGGUCAAAUUGUGUAAUACUGUGAAUAGGAUAGGAUUCAGUCUUUUCACACAAACUGUUUGUGAAAGUAAUCAACCAGCGUGAAUCUAAAAAAAGAAAUUUGCACUACCCAAAUAUUGUUUGAAAAUCUAUUUUGUAUAAAGCAUAUGCAGACAUUUCUGAAAUAUCAAGGGCCGAACAUGUUUCACUGGUAUGUGCUUUCUCUAAAAAUAAACUUUGUUCUGCUUAAAAAUUUGAAUAUGUACAUAUAAUCCAUUGUAAAGAAAACGUGGUGUAUUUGUCUCCAAAUAAUAGUUUUUCUAUACCAACCCCUCUGUAUUAUUUCUCCUGUAGUGUGUCUCCUGUUGAUCUUGUCCUCCAUUGAUUAAAGGUCAAACUGUACGUCUGUGUCUGUGUGUACAUGCCUAUACAUCCACUUUUCAUACUUUUGUUGCUACAGUACGCACUUGUUCAUCAAAUAAAUACACUUUUGACAA